AUGCUUGGAAUUCUCAGCUGCACUACGACGAGCAUUCCGGGGUGUUGCAAUAAAAUUUGUGAGAGAUUUUUAUCUUUAAAUACAACUUCGUUGAUGACGCAUUUGAAGAAUGCAGUUCGUAGACAUGUUUUUCUUGUGAUACAAAUCAUGGUGAAAAAUUCGGAUGGUGCAACGACAGUGAUUCAAAAGAAACAAAAAGGAUCUGGUAAUGAAGGUAAAGUUAGAGAUAAUUCAUUCGCAUCAAAAGCAGAUCGUUUGUCUAAUCUUUUACCAUCUGAAACUGUGACCGAAGGGAAAUAUGUGCACGAUGUAAAUCGUUGGGCUUACAAACCUGAUAAUAGUGGAAAAUAUGUUCACAAACCGGAAUGGAACGAGUACAAUGGUGGUUAUGGACCAUUUAGAAAUCCUUACGAGCACGAUGGGAUACCAUAUGAGCACGAUGGGAGACCUUACGAGCACGAUGAAAGGCAAAUCAUUAAAAUAAAAAAAGAUAAUCGUUGA